AUGGAUCAGUCUGCCGAAGCAUUGUUCGCCGAAGUUAUUGGGGACUUGGUCCUCAUGACUUUGUGCACCGGCAUUCUCAUUCCGAUCACCAUCCAUCUGUUUGUUUCGCGGUCUAAAAUGUGGAAGUCUCCGGUAUUCAUCGCCAAUGUAUGCGCUCUAUCAAUGGGAUUCGCCUUCGGUGGUCUGGCAAUCUCAUUUUUGGUGAGACAAGUCAUUCAUCCCAGGAUCGUCCUUGCAUGCAGUAUCCUCAAUUUCCUCAUCCCCCUCACCGUCUCAGUUGUCCUGUUCAUCCGACUUCUUGCCGUCUAUCCUCCGCGCACUCUCAGCAAGAUAAGACUCGUCCUCGUCUAUGUUCCAUUCCUUCUCGGACUGCUCGCGCGUUGCGUGAUGGCAGGCCUGAUCUGGUGGAAGACAAUAGCUGGCAUUGACGACGCAGAGAGUGCUUUUGAGUUGUGGCAAAUCACUUGGGUUCUCCCGUACCCCAAAGUCGAAUGGGCUCUUGAGCUCUUCUGUGAUACGUAA